AUGGGUUCUAGAAAUCCCAGCAACAGAGAUCAAGAAGCCGUAAGCUCGGCUAUAGCACUUAUUCCAUAUCAAGAAGUGGCAGAGUCUAAAGCUCAUGAAGUGGACAUACCCGUGAUGCCAACUGAAGAAGAUACCACCCGGAUGGAGUUUGCAAGAGUUGAAGUGCAAGUUUCAAAUGACUUGCAAAGGAGAAUCUCGAGUCAAUCUGCAGUUGAAGCUAGUGUUGAACCCAUAGUGUUCGAUACAACACAAACUCGAGAUGAUCCAGACCUGAUGAAGGAAUUAAACCGAGUUCAAGCAUGGAAGGAAUGGAGACUUGAAAGAUAUCAUUCUUUUAUCUCAAAAGUUGACUCAGAAUUGAUACGAAGUGAAGAAUUUGCCUUUGAAUGGCUUGGAACUGACUCAAUGCUCGAAGCACUAAACAUGGAUGCAAAUCAAAUUUAUGGACUGAAGCUUCAAGUGAAGAAUAAUCUUCAAGAAAAUGUCACUCAAGUCCCUUCUGAUAAUUUUGAAAAGGAGAAUGAAGUAAGACUACAGAUUGCUCUACACAGAUCUUUGAAUGACACUCAUCGACAUCCAGGUGAUACUUCAAUUAAUAUAGCCAAUGAUUUUCUUGAAAAUUUUGGUGAAAGGGCGAAUGAAGGAAGUACACUUGUUGAGGUACCAAUUUCAGCCUCUGAAAAUCAUGAUUUUAUUCUUGUCAGAGUUCACUGUGCUGAACUUUUGAUAUCUAAAGUGACCCCCACCAAUAUUGAUAUAAAUGGAAUGGACCCUACAAGGGAUGAAGUAGAACCCGUGGGUGUUCCAACACCAGUUCCAACACCCAUUCCAACACCAGCUCCAACUCCAGUUCAGAGUCCAAUUCCAACUCCAAUUCCAAGUCCAGUUCCAAUUCCGGUUCCGAAACCAGUUCCAACACCAUCACCGUCAGCUGCGUCCAAUUCAUCGUCUCCCAUUGUCUCAGAAAAUGGUCACCAUGCAGCCCAAUCCGUGUCUGACUCACAACCUGUCUCCACCUCCGACACAUCUCAACCGUUGCAUAAUGUUCGUCAUUCUACCGGGGAGCGUCGUCCUAAUUCUAGGUAUUCCGAUUAUGUCAUUAACCAAGCCACUUCCCAUCCCUUGCCUCCUGCUUUAGAACCUUCUACCGUUGCCCAGGCUCUUAAAGAUGCUCGGUGGAGGAAAGCAAUGGAUGAGGAGUUCGAAGCGCUGCAGCGUAACAACACGUGGCAACUGGUUCCCCGCGGAGCGGCUGUUCUGAUUGGCUGCAAAUGA